UUGCUGAAUAUCAGCAGUUUUUUUGUUCCAGUCACAGGGUAUGUACUGAGGUCUUGCCAUAUCAGUCACAGAACUGCCAUAUGUUCCAAGAGGAGACUCACUGCUGUCCCUCAAGAUAUUCCCUCAACAGUGAAAGGUUUGGACUUGUAUGGAAACAAAAUUUCAAAAAUCCAAGUAUCAGAUUUCAAAAAGCUGUCAAAUUUGACAGAGUUAAAUCUGAAAUGGAAUAUAAUCUCAGAGAUAGAUACAGGCUCCUUUACCCAUCUGAAUUCCCUCAAGAAGUUAAAUCUAAAUGAUAACAAACUUACUGGACUUGGAGACAAUGUUUUUGAUGGUUUGGGCAGCCUAACACAUCUCAGAAUGAACAGAAAUCAGAUCAAAACAGUGGCAUCCACCUCUUUUAAGUCCUUGACGAACUUGACGGUUUUGGACAUCUCCGUCAACAAACUGUACCGCAUAACAAAUGUUCAUACUAUAUUACAGCACCUGCCAAAUCUACUGGUGCUGUCAGUCGCAAACAACAACUUAACCUCUUUUCAGUCGUGGGAACUGACAAACAGCUCACUAAAACUUGCCUACCUUGAUUUGUCUCAAAAUCCCAUUGGAGACUUUAGGAUCACUGCAGAUGUUUUUCCUAAUCUCACCUGGUUAAACACUGGGGGCUCUUCUAAGAGGCAUCACAUGAAAUGGGACGUUCGUAACAAGACUUUUCUUCGCAGAGUGUCUACUUUUGAUAUUAGUGGGCUUCAAAUACCUUCAGAAGACAUGAAAACAAUACUAGGGACCUUCAACUCCUCACUGACGACAGUGAAGAUGAAUGAUAUGAAACGCACAUACCUGAGAGCCUUAAUUAACAUCUCCUGCAGCAUCCCAACAGUGUCCUCACUUCAACUCAGAAGUAACAACCUCUUUUUUGUGAGUUCAAAUUUGUUACCGUCGUGUUUUAAGGUAAUAGAGUUAGAUUUAGCAGAUAACUCAAUGAAAAAUAUCAAAGACGAUGCCUUCAAAUAUCUUCAAGGUAUAAAGGUCUUGGCUCUGAAUCACAACAGGCUUUCAUCUGUUCCAGCUGCCAUAAGGAAUCUACCAGCUCUUGAAGAGCUAGAUCUCAGCAAAAAUAAUAUCACCACACUUGGGUGUCAAGAUUUCGCCAAUCUGACAAAGCUCAGACGGCUCAGCCUUCAUCAGAAUUCAAUCUCAGCUCUACAGGGGUGUGUUUUCAAGGAUUUAAUACACUUGGAAGUUUUAAAGCUACAGAAUAACAGUAUUUCUAAACUGAACGACGCUUUCAUAAAAUACUUGCCAAAUCUGAGACAACUGCAUCUGAAUUCAAAUAAACUCACAGCAAUUAAACGUGGGGAAUUUAGGGGCUUGCGGUCCCUCCAGAACUUGUCAUUACAUGAAAAUCAGAUAACAGUACUGGAAAAUGGGUGUUUUACUGGACUGACGAAUCUUAUGGAUAUCCAGCUGCAAAUAAAUCAUAUUAAAAGACAUAAAGAUUACAAAGAUAGUUUCAGAGAUCUGAUAAAUUUAAAACGAUUGGAUUUGAGUAACAAUAACAUUAAAUAUGAUGAGAGCUCAGCUUUGCCUGAUCCACCAUUUUCUCAUCUGUCCAAUUUGGAGACACUGGCUUUUACUGGAAAUCACCGCAGAGGGAAGUCCCAGCUGCCUUGCAACUUCCUGCAAGGCUUGACUAAUCUUUUAGAUUUCACUGGCAGGAAUCUUCAGCUUAUAUCCUUGCACAAAGACACAUUUAAUCACACGCCAAAACUGCAAAACCUUGAUAUAAGCUCAAAUGAACUUAUGGAUCUUUCUUCAGAAUUGUUUUACCCAAUUAGAAAUCUCAAAAGCCUCUAUAUAUCUAGAAUAAAUCUUGGGUCUCUAGACUUCUUUAAAGAUGCCAGCCUAACUAAGCUGGAGUUCCUGCAGGCAAGAAAGAAUCAGUUUUCAGUUUUCAGUGAGGAAGCACUGGAGUCCAUGCCAGCUCUGGCUUACUUGGAUCUUCAAGGCAAUAGUUUCACCUGUGACUGUGAUAACGCCUGGUUCCUCAAGUGGACAGAAAACAACCAGCAAACACAAGUUUUUGAUGCCUACAACUUUGUGUGCAACUAUCCUCCACACCUUAAAGGUAUGAAACUGUUGAAGCUCGAUGUCCGGUCCUGCACAGUGGACACUGAAUUCAUCUGCUUUAUCUCCACCACAUGUACGAUCCUCCUGUUUAUGGUGGCAUCCUUCACCUACCAUUUCCUGAGGUGGUACUUGGCCUAUGCCUACUACAUCUUCUUGGCUUUUCUCUUUGACACAAAGCAUAAAAACAAGCAAGCUCUAAAUCAGUAUGACGCCUUCAUCUCCUACAACACCCAUGAUGAGCCAUGGGUCAUCAGACAGCUGUUGCCAAAACUGGAAGGGGAGCAAGGCUGGAGAUUGUGUCUGCACCAUCGAGACUUCGAGCCAGGUAAGACCACCCUUUACAACUGGCAUUAAACACAUUUUUUAGCCAAGCUAGUGCAAUAGCUUUUGGGACGGCAAUAUCAGUCCGUCAGUCUGUCUGGCAGUGUUUGGGUUCUGGGAGCAGAGGCACAAAGCAACAUUGACAAGGCUGGUAUAUGCACUGACAGGUAUGAUUGGGAAAUGACACACAGGUGAACAGGAGGAUGUGGGAGUCAGGUAACCAGGAGGAAGGAAAGUCAAAGGGGAACUGGUGGACAAAUAGAGAGUGCCAAGCUUAAUAAAACUUCAUAGAUAUCCAGGGGCCUUGGAGAGGUGGGGAUGUGGCUGGACAGAGGGACAGGGAGGCAGAAUUGGCAGAAAUAAACACAAAUGAUGUCACUGUGACCAGGCCCCCAGGAAGUGGGCCCGACUUUGAAGCCAGUUAGAUGUAGUGACCAAACCUGAGUCUGUAAUAUGAUGCCAUCAGGUUUAAAAAACAUUUUCACAUGACCAACAUUGGGAAAAAACAUUGGGGCGGCUGUGGCUCAGAGGUAGAGCGUCGUCCACCUAUCGGAAGAUUAGUGGUUCAAUCCCCGGCUCCUCCAGUUUGCAUGUCAAGAUACAGAGCCCCAAAUUGCUUCCAAUGAUGCC